AUGGCCGAAUCGCUACACAACACUCAGUUGCCUUUAGGUUACGACGAGGAGUUUGUGCAAGAAGUUGAAGAUGAUCUCGUUUGCUUAAUUUGUCAUUUCCCGUUAAGGGCGCCUGUUCAAACAAGAUGCGGUCACAGAUUUUGUAAUGCAUGCCUUGAGGAGCAUUUGAGAAGGUACGUUUAUGGAACUAAAUUCUAAUAAAUGUUUAGUGUUGAUAUAGAUUUGAUCAUGGGAUAACAGAAAGAUUGGAUAGGAAACUGGCUGACGUGAUCGGUUGAAAAUGUGACCUUACCUCCGAUGUUUUUGGCAUCUUAUUUUUCCUCGUAUGUUUCCCUAGCUCUGUCUUCGACCUGACAGAUUGCUCAUGCUUUGGAGUAAAAGGAUGAAGAGCGUUUGCUCUUGAGAAGACAGUUAGAGGGUACAAAACCGAUAGAGGCAAAAGACAGAGUAAAUGAUUAUGAAACUUACGAGAGCGACAGCGCCCGAUAACUAAAUGCACCAAACGGCAAGUCAUUACAGAAACGCGCCCAUUCAAAGACGUCGAUCGUGAAAAUGCAAAUAAGUGAAAAAUGACGUCAAUUUAGUGUCAAUCAAGAAAUCUCCUGGGUAUAUCCCUUUCCUGGUUAUUGUUCCUGCUCAGACAUCCGCAACAUUUGCCUAUUCUUUGAUGAAGAAUAGAACUUCACGCGACUAACAAUAGCUCAGUCUGUUAAAAACUGUCUAAACUUACUCCGAAUUAGCAUGUGACUUUUUGCUGUUAAACGCGUCAAAAUUGAAAAAUCCUCGGAUCAUUGUUGUUGAUUUUACCGUAAAUAAUUCAAUGCACUGACUUAAAAUGAAUUUCUACCUUUUACAAACUUCUUGGUGUUCGAAUCGAUCGAUGAAAUAUGAGCGCAACCGAUGCGUUAAUAGUUUGUUUACAUUUUGUCACGGGUUUUGGAUAAUAUUAUAAACCUUAAAAUUUACGGGCAAAUUCGACGAAAAAGCACUCUCACUUACAUUCUUCAUUUAAGAUAUUUAUUUUAGCAAAGUAUAAGGCAAAAUUAAGAGCGAUACUUUCUUUAAGAACGCUAUAACUACAUAUUCAACGGCCAAACCUAGACAGCGAUCUAAUCCGUCUCUUGAAAACAACUACAAUACCGCUUCUGAUAAUAAUAUUUAUAAACGCUGCAAACAUUUUUAUUCAAUCUUAUCGAGUGAUUUUCGUGAAGAUGAGUUUUUAAGUGAAGAAUACUUUGGUUUCUGAUUAGUUUUAACUGUUUUGCCAUCAAAACGAUUCGCACGAGACUACCGAAUUCGCGAGGGUUUUAUGUUAGUGCACGAGGAAGAAAAAUGCUUCUCUUUGCAUAAACAUUUUCUUCUUUGUAGCAAUGACAAAGACAUUCCAACACUUUAAACAAUGGCAACCUACUUCUAUUGUUUCUGCAUUGUCUCUUGAAAGUGUGAGAAUAGUUAACCGCUAUGAAGUUCAUAAGAGACCGAAAACGACGGUAGUCUUUGAAACUUCGUUUUUGCUCGCAAAGCCUAAUGGGUACCCCACUUUUCACGGGCGACGUUUUUCAAUGGGCGCGUUUCUGUAAUGCUAACUACACGAAAGUACAGGAAAACAUUAUUUAGUGGCUAAACGCCUACAAAAAAGGCACAGCUUAAUUUUCCACAAACCACAAGCAAACCGGGAUUGACGAUUUCUUUUUUGCUUUUAUAUAAGCUUAGUGAGUGUCAGUAAAAUUGUCAAGGCAUGAUGUUUCAAGUACCCAGCUCAAACGUAACGAUAAAAAGACCAUAUAUGAGAAUUGUUGAAAACGGGGAUUAAAAGCUCGCAUUUGAUUGCGGACCUGACCGUGGAAACGCCGUUUAUAACUUUCUCAAAUUAAUUUUUAGGGUAAGGCAACUUGUUUUGUUAUUUUAAGAUAUAAAUUUACGAUUAUGCAAGGUAAUUUUCAGUCAGGUCUUUGAAUAAGCGAAGUUUAAAAUUGUUGUGUAAAACGUUUUAUGGUAACUACUAGAAUACAACUGGCCCGGAAACAAACUCUCCUUAUUAAUGGUAGAACCUUCACUUCUUUUUCCUUUCUCGUUUGUGUAUUGUAGUGUGGCAUUUUUAAUGACGGAUAUGGGUAGAGAAUACUUCAAAUCACCUCUGAAAUAAACCGGCAUUAACACUGUUCCCAAAGAAAAAUAGAAGGUGAUUAUUAAAAAAAAUCAGUAACAUCCAGGGUUUUUGUUUAGCCUGAGGCAAGUGGAUAUGGGCUUAAACUGUCUGAUCACCUUAUCGUGUUGUUGAAAACAAAAUUCAUACCCCAAACAACUGUACAGAUAUAUGUUUAAUUAAUCUGAUUUAGAAUACAGCUUGGUAAGGUUUAUCAUCUACAGGUACAUUGUUGCUUUGGAUCUCUAAAAACCUAAAUAAAAUAACAGCGCUAAUCAAGUCCAUCUUUGGUUUGAAAACAAUGUGAUUCAGAUAUAGACUCUUGCUCGGCGCCAGCUCGGAAGGUAUUUCAACCAUUUUCAGAGGGAAUUAGACUUAGUGAAGCGCACGAGGGUAGGGAAUUUGACAUCCUGAACGUCCCCUUGACUCAGCCGCCAUCUGGGAAAGUGGAGAACUUGGGAAUGAGUCAUAAGGGGUCCGCCCUCUUUGAAAAUACCCAGUACUCAUUUGUAUGAGUUUCCCACAUUCUGAUGUGGUCAUUUCUUUGUGAAGGAUGGCAGAACGAAAGUUAGGAGUAUCUUAUUUUGUCUCUCAGCAUUGAGAACCAACACUUGCAAAAAGUGUCAUUUGAAAAUAUGCUUUCUACUUACUGAUGAUGUUUUUUACCAGAUGCUGCCCUCGCCACAAGAAAAAUCAUACUGAAAGACACGAAAUAAUCCCGCAAUUCUCUGUUAGAUUUUCUAGUAUACACCAAAUCUCGAAUUAAAUGAAAUUCUGAACCACAGUUACAAAACACCAGUCGGCCCGCUUAUAUUAGACAUUAACCCUUCUUGAUGAUGACACGACAUGUUCUGGCACUGCACAUUUUGCAUUGCUGUAAAUACUGUGUGAAACAAUUCAAAGG